AUGGCGAAGAAGACGUACGAUCUGCUGUUCAAGCUGCUCCUCAUUGGCGACUCCGGCGUCGGCAAGACCUGCAUACUGUUCCGCUUCUCGGACGAUGCCUUCUCCACGACGUUCAUUUCCACGAUAGGUAUUGAUUUUAAAAUCAAGACAGUGGAAUUAAGAGGAAAGAAAAUCAAAUUACAGAUAUGGGAUACAGCAGGGCAAGAGAGAUUUCACACUAUCACGACGUCGUAUUACAGAGGAGCUAUGGGAAUUAUGCUCGUUUAUGAUAUUACUAACGAAAAAACCUUUGAAAAUAUUGUCAAGUGGCUGAGAAAUAUUGAUGAACAUGCAAACGAGGAUGUGGAAAAGAUGAUAUUGGGAAACAAGAGCGACAUGGAGGAGAAGCGCGUCGUCAGCACUGAAAAGGGGGAAGCAAUAGCGAGAGAGCAUGGAAUCCGAUUUAUGGAAACGUCCGCGAAGGCGAAUAUCAACAUCGAUCGAGCAUUUAGCGAGCUGGCGGAAGCUAUACUGGACAAAACGCACGGCAGGGAACCACAGGAUGCGCCCGACAGAGUGACGGUCGACCGCAGGGUAGAGAGAAGUUCGAAUCGGUGCUGCUAAUUUUAUAUAUUAUUUAUUUUAACGGCGCAUAAUGAACUAUAUAUCAGCUCGUGCCACUGGGAUAGAGUCCUCGAUAGAUCUAGAGAGCAUAAUUUAAAGCAUAAUAAAAUAACGUAAACACUUCACGACACUGCCUGACCAGAUAUAAUUCAGUCUCACUUCUGCUCUAGUAAACGUGCAUUUUUCUAUGCUACAAGAUCGAGGCAGGGACGUCGCUGCAAAAAAAACAAAAGGGAAAAUCCAAUAAUCGGAAAUGCAUUAAUUAAUACUACUGUAAGUGUCUCGAUAAGUUUAUAAAGCUACCAACGCUGUUUCAUGCAUAUGUCAUUGUAUCUACAAUUGUAUCUGUCGUAUAUCAAACAAUUUGGAGGUUUAUUAGGCACCGUACGAGCGUGAGAUAAGCUUGCGCAAGCUCUCCGAACGUGAAACUCCUCCGUGUCUCGCGUGAAACGUCAUUACAUUGUUGCACGAACAAAGGUAAACUAGAAAAUAUUGUUUGUUACGAGGCUGCAAUUUGUUACCAUGUUGAGUGGUGCGAGUAUGAGCGGCGUGCUUCUAAAAUCUCCGAAGGAUCUGAUUGGAGACGUGCUUGAGCGUUUUCCUACACUGGUGGAUAAUCGCACCACACAUGCUUAUUUGUAUAUUGAGUUGAGACGAGGGAAAAAGCUUGAAACCAAAAGCUUUUACCGUUUUUGUGUACGGCCGAUUUACUAUGAAUAUAAACAUUCACAAUUUCGAAGAA